AUGGUAGAAACAAAGGAAGAGAAGAUGGCUCGGGAAAAUCGGUUGUUGGAAAGAGCCAAAGUUGUGGCUAUCAUCAAUCGGGACAGUACGGUUAACCGUGUACGAGCGUUAGCUAACACCGCAUCGUGUGUGGAAGGACAUUCGGACUUGAUACCGAUUUUUUUGGUUGCUGCUGGGGACCUAGAGUCCUUAUGGAAAGAUUUUAUGUCACAUAAUCAAACGGUCUUGGUUGCUCUGUGCGAUUUAAAUUUGGUUUCGGAAUUUUUUACCCAGUUAGAGACAGAGAUUCGGGCUCUAUAUUCGAGUGUAAAAUCUGUGUUCGAGAAUUAUUCGAGAAAUAUAAAUUUAAAAAAGAGCUGA